GUGAGCAUUAAAUCAUAUGGAAUAAUACAUGUGAAGCAUUUUAUAGGUGACCCUUUAAAUUAAAAAGUGGGGAUAUUAUGUUAUACCAAUUACUAGUCGCAGCACGUUUGUUGUAGCACCAUCACAUGUGUGCUAAAUCUACCUUCAUAUUUUUUGUAUCACACUGUCUUUUCUCUGAUCUCUACUCACCUUCAUGUUUCACCUACUUUUCUCUGAAAAAUGGAUGCCCAAAAACAUUUUAUGAUUGCUUUAAUGCUAAUAAUAUCAUUGUUUAGCCUAAUUACAGCAACCCAAUUCCAGAAACAUGAGAAAAGAUCAUCAGGACAAGUUAUUAAUAAGUUAGAGUUGAAUAAAUGCAAUAUUUUUGAAGGUCGAUGGGUUUGGGAUGCUUCUUAUCCUCUUUAUGAUUCUUCAAAAUGUCCGUCUAUUCGCAAAGAAUUCGAUUGCCAGAAAUUUGGACGUCCUGAUAAGUAUUAUCUUAAGUUCCGGUGGCAGCCACAUGAUUGUGAUCUUCCCAGAUUUGAUGGGGUGGAUUUCUUGAAGAGAAUGAAGGGAAAGAAAAUAAUGUAUGUUGGGGAUUCACUUAGCCUUAACUUUUGGCAGUCUUUGGUUUGCCUACUUCAUGCUGCUGUCCCAAACUCCAACAUAACUCAACGUAAUACGCUUCAAAUUAAGUCUUGGAUUUUUGUGGAUUAUGAUGUUUCAGUGAUGAUAUAUUCUUCAUUAUACCUAGUCGACAUCGACAAUGAGCAAAUGAGCCGAGUUUUGAAGCUCAAUUCAAUUAAGCGUGGUGGCAAUGUUUGGAAGAAUAUGGACAUUUUGAUCUUCAACACUUGGCUUUGGUGGAAUAUAAAGGGUCCUAAACAAUCAUGGGAUUAUGUUGAAGAUGGAUCAAUGAUAGUGAAGGAUAUGGAUCGCAUGUCUGCAUUUACAAAAGCAUUAACGACCUGGGCUAAAUGGGUUAAUUCUGAGAUUGAUCCAAUCAAGACUAAAGUUUUCUUCCAAGGAACUAAUCCAUCUCAUUACAAUGGAACAGAUUGGAAUCAAAGAGGAGUGACAAAUUGUGCCAACGAGAUAUUUCCCAUGAAAGAAUCAAGUAAUCCAAGUAUGACACCACCAGCUUUGGAUGUGGUGAAACAAGUUCUAAGUACAAUUACAAAACCUGUUUAUUUACUUGAUAUCACAACAUUAUCACAACUAAGGAAAGAUGGACAUCCUGCUUCAUAUAAUGGUUUUCAUGGAAUGGAUUGCACUCAUUGGUGUAUUGCUGGCCUUCCUGAUACUUGGAAUCUACUUUUGUACACAUCUUUGACAAUGUCAUCUUAGCCUCCUAGCCGUAUGUUGCAGGUGUAUCUCAUAUAUUUUUUGGCCCAAAGCGAAAGAUAAAUAUGUUCUCAUGAACUUAACGUGUAAUAAUUAAUAUAAUAUUCUUUUUUUUUUUUUAUUAUUGACGAUCACUAAUAACUCAAAUCACUUAGCAAUAAAAGCAAAUUAUGUUUAAAUUUAAUUCAAGUUAACAUCAACAUUGUAUAUCAAAAUAAUUUUUUGG